AUGCGGCUGAAGCAUCACCACCAGCGCCAAAAUCUAGGACCAUCGUCCUCUAGUGGAGGCAACCCCACUGUGUUGGCGUUGGUGCCAGCUGCCAGGCCUGAAAUUGAGAUGUACAGCGGGAUCUCGGGCCUCCCACCCUUGGCCUGUGCGGCCCGCCAGGAGGGUCAUCGUCGCGAUCUUCGGGUGGGGUCCUUGGGGCUCUUGCUCGCAAGUCGCGAGUGGUCGCCCGAGUUGGCCACGGAGGCGGACGGUUGCCGACAGCGGCGGGGGGGGGGCUCUCACAGAGAGCCAGCGCGCCUCGGACUCGGCUGCUGUGAUCUACCUCUCUCUCUGCUCGAGCGUGCUCGAUUGAGGUGCUGGGUCAUGCAGUCCCGGCCCCGCCUAUAUUUCGUACGCCAUGGCCGCUCGACGCACAACGAGAGUCAGGAGGAGCGCCCGCUCAUUUGGGACGCCCCGCUGCACAAGAUAGGCCUGCGACAGGCGGCUAAGCUGCGGGGCCGACUGCGUCAUGUGCCGCUAGAGCUCUGCGUGUCGUCGCCGCUGCGGCGGGCGUUGCAGACGGCGCUGGUGGCGCUAGGCGACUGGGCGCCGCUGGCGCCGGGCUGCGAGGCCGCCGUCGAAGAGGGGCGCGCGACGGUGGUGAGCGUGGAGGUGACCCUGCUGGCGCGCGAGCGUCGUCUGCGCUUCGACGCGCACCCAGGUGACUUCUCGGAGCCGCUGGAGGGGGGCCUCGGGCCCGGCGCGGAGGUGCGCCUCGCCCGGGCCGUGCGGCUGCAGGGCGCCGAGCGGCCGCUCGGCGCCGGCACGGCCUGCACCGUCACAGGCGCCGCGGUGGCGCUGGGCGGCGGCCUGGGGCCACGCACUUGGUGCCUGCCUCGAGGCGUUCCCCUGCGCGGCGGCCUCCCGCCGCGCCUGCCCGGUCGUGCGCGCCGCCAGCCGUCGUGGCGCUGCCGGACGCGGCCGAGCGGCUGGUCGAGAGCGACGACCUCGGCACCGCCGCGCCUCGGCUGCGCGGGCUCUUCCCCUCGGUGGACUUCUCGCGGCUGCCCGCGGACGGCCGCGCCUGGUGGUGGAGCAGCCCCGCCGUCGCGGGCUCGGGCGACGCGGAGGCCUGCCGGGCCCGCUGGGCCCAGGCCGGCUACGAGGAGCCGCGCGCCGACUUCCGCGCGCGCGUCGGCCGCCUCGUCCGCCACCUCACUGACCUCGCGGCUCGGCACGCGCACGUGGCCGUGUUCGCGCACUGCUGGGUGUUGGAGGAGAUCUGGAGGCAGCAGUUCGGCCGCGGGCGGCGCUUCGGGAACGCCGAGCUCGCCGUCGUGGAGGUGGCUGCGGGCGGCUCCUGGGCGUGGCUUCGCCGCGGGCAUGGCCUGCCCCGCGACAGCUCCGAAUCCUCGGGAGGGCAGCUCCAGCAGCCGCAGCAGCAGCGCCAGCCGCUCGAGCAGCCGCGCCCGCGGCCGCGCCGGCGGAGCGAGCGGCGGCGGCUCGGCGGAGCGGCGCGCUGGAAGAGACCGUGCUCCCUGCCGCCGCCG